UCGUCCCAACUUCCGGGGAAAUUCAAAUGUACUUAAUCCGGGGAUAUCUUACGUACUCCAAUCCUGAGGCUACUAAUGUUUUAGAUCUUGACCCGAGCGACAUCGGACGGGAUGUCAUGUUCUACUAGCCGAAAUCCGACCUCGAACUCAAGCGCUGCGUAACUCAAAACUCGGAUCGGACAGAUUACCUGAGUUAGGGAAAGCCUUGUACUGCGCAUUCUAGGAGAGAUCGGGGCUGUUGGGACAGGCCGUGUUGAACCAAAGCGACACGAUCCGUAGGCCCACUUUUAUGCGCUAUAGCCAAUCAUAUCUCGUAUCCAUCCUCCAGGCUCUCAGCUCUGUCCCUCUCUGACGUUUUGGAGCAAUUCGGUUAAUGGUUGAUUGGCAUCCAUAUCGACAUCCCGACUGCCGUUCACAUCAUGGCGCAGCUUGGUCUCCCAUCGCCCACCUCGCGGCCCACGUCUUCUUACUCGGGCUUCAAUCUUGGAUCUUCGUCCUCGUCCUCAGAUGGCGAGGGGGGGUCUGACGACGAUGCGCCGUUGCCCUUUCCAACUGCACUUGCCCGGCGCGAUUUCCUUGCGCCCGACUUCGACCCAGCCUCGUACCUGUCGGCGCUGCAUACCGGUUCUUCGGCACGUCACCAAACCCUCGAGGACCUCCGUUCAGAGUUGCGUGACCGCAGCACCGCCAUCAGCGCGGAACUGCUUGAGCUUGUCAACUCCAACUACACGUCCUUCCUCAGCCUCGGCGACGAGCUCAAGGGUGGGGAGGAACGCGUCGAGGACGUCCGUGUAGCAUUGCUCGGCUUCCGCCGCGCCGUCGAGGAGGUUCAGAGCCGCGUCCGCGAGCGCAGAGUCGAGGUUACGGUGCUAGAUGACGAGUUACAAGAAGUCAAAGACGCUGCCGAACUUGGACGGGAGAUGCUCGAACUUGACGAGCGCGUCGCCGAGCUAGAAGCCCGUCUCGCCGUCGGAAGCAUACCGGGCUACGCAAAGCAGAAAUUGGAUGACAGCGACUCGGACUCUGACGAUGAAUGGGCUGAUGACAUACAAGACAUUAACGACGAUGACGGCGACGGCCUUGAUGAGGGGAGUAAUGACUUUGUCUGCAGCAGCCCGUCGAAGCUAGCCACCCUAGCUCAAGAGUAUGUCCUCAUUGGCCGAUUAUCGCGGUUCAUUGGGCUUGACCUGCCAUUUGUCAAGAAAAUAGAGGAAAGAAUCAUACGUUGCCGAAACACGAUUCUACUCGACUUGAGCACGGCUAUGAAGGAAGCACGAAGAGCCGGAACCAGAGGCCAAGGGCGCGUCAUCAGGUUCUUGGGCAUAUACCGUACCUUGGACGCGAAUGUCGAAGCAGUACGCGUCCUGAAGGAAAAGUAAAGCAUUCAUAUGGGAAAAAGCGAGAGGACUUUGGAUUGGGCAGCUAAGGGAAAGGUGGCUUGGGCGAAAGAGGCAUUAUGACCGGAUAUCGAUACCCAAAA